AAGACUAACAAGGAAAAUAAUAUUCUAAAAAUAAACUACUAAACUAACAACUAAUGGGGCCCACAAGAUUUGCUGAAAUCUGGAAAAGAGAGAGGGACUCGAUCCAGCGCUGGAAAGGCUGGAUCGAGCCUCCUUUUCUUCCUCCUUUUUCUUCUUCUUCUUUCUAUUCUUCCAGCCACAAAGAUGGUUGUUUCUUCUUCUUCUUGCGUCUGAUUUCUCCAUCACGACCCCAUUAAGUUGGGAGAAGGCAAGUUUGUAUGUUGUUGAAGAUGUUUUAUGAUCUGCAUUUGAUUGGAACCGGGAUAAGGUUACUAUGAGACUUGAAAUGUAGUUCAAAUCCACGAUCAUUUUUCAGUUUAACCCAGUUGAAGGAAGCCAGAAAUUUUUUUCACCGUCUUUUGUGUCUUGAUUCGCUGUUUGUGGGUGAGUUUUGAGCUGGCAUUGCUAUUUGAAUUCUCAUGCUCCCUUCCCCACUCCCUCCUCUCAUUAUUUCUCGGUUCUGGGCUAAUUUCUACUUUCUUCUUGUCUUUCCUUCUUAGAAGAUAACAUCUCUAAAUGACUAAAUCUCUCUCUGUUUAUCAAACAAGCUUUUUCUGGCUUCUACAGGAGAGGGUGAGAAGUAUUUCUGAAUAUGAAGUCCAAUUUGUCUCUGCAAGGUGGCAGAAUGUCUCUGCAAGGUGGCAGAAGAGUUAAUAGGGAGGAUUUCUUCACUUCUUGUUCAGAAUUACUGGAUUGGAGAAUUGGAGAAAUAUCGUCUUUGCUGUUGGGUUUGAAUUUAUAAGAUCAUGCUCAAGGUACCAUCUAAUCAGGUUGCAGGCCACCAAGCUGGUGGUGGAAAGCUUGGCCCACUCAUGGAUGAUUCAGGCCACUUUUGCAAGCCCCUUCAGAAUGAUGAACGUGGGUCCAAUGAGGUGGCUUUCUACACUUCUUUUUCAUCCAACACCAGAAUCCCAGACCACAUCCGUCGAUUCUUUCCUAUCUUUUAUGGCACUCAGCUUCUAGAAGCUUCAGAUGGAUCUGGUCUGCUUCCUCACCUUGUUUUACAGGAUCUCGUCUCCAAUUAUGUUCAUCCAUCUGUUAUGGAUGUCAAGAUCGGCUCCAGGACCUGGUAUCCCCAAGCGUCUGAAGACUAUGAAAAAAAAUGCGUUAUUAAGGAUAGAGAAUCCACAAGCUUGUUUUUGGGUUUUAGGAUUUCUGGCUUGCAGACUUAUGAAAAUGAGGAAUCAGGGUUCUGGAAGCCUGACAAGAAGCGUGUCAAGGGUUUUACUGUGGAUGAUGUGAGGUCAGUUUUGAGGAAGUUUGUUUCUUUUAACCCAUCUUCAGAUUCGAAUCCGGAUUGUUCGUUUGCAUCAAUUGUUUAUGGUGGUUCUACUGGGAUUCUGGCACAACUGUUGGAGCUGAAAGCAUGGUUUGAAGAUCAAACAGAUUUUCAUUUCUACUCUUGUUCAGUUCUUAUGAUGUAUGAAAAAGAGGCAGCGCUGGAAGGAAGGACAUGUAGUGCUGAAAUCAAGCUGGUCGAUUUUGCUCAUGUUGUGGAAGGCAAAGGUGUAAUUGAUCAUAACUUCUUGGGGGGGCUAUGCUCUUUGAUAAAGUUUGUCUCAGAGAUACUAACCUGCCCAGAUGAAUGCACCAUCAAAGGUGGUUUACGGGUACCUGAGUAGAAUUGCUUUGUUUUUUGAAAAUAGUGUCAAGGAAUAACGAUAGUAUUUUUAACUGGUGAACUUUUGGUUCCUGCAUUUAACUUUCUCAUUUCCAUUGCUUGUUCCCUGAA